AAACAAGAUGGCGCUAUUACAUGGUCUUUAAAUUGUCUAACACGUGCGCUGUGUUUUUAUUUUGUAUUGUUAAUGUUUAUUUCAUAAUUUUCUUUAAUUAAAUUAAAUUAAAUAGUUUAUAUAUAUUUUAAUCAAUUAUUCAAAUUUUUAAAUUCUAAAUAGAAAAAUGCCGGUGGAUCAGAAAAGAAUUAACGGACCAGAAAUAUCAAUUCCUUACAGUGUUUAUAUUGACAGAAGUGUCAAAGACAAAUCGCAAGAAAAUUCUUUGAAAAAGAGAGAAGAUGGAAGAGAAUUUAAUGAACUUAGAAAAAUGUUUGUCAAAGUUGGAAUUGUGAGCCAAGCAAAAGGAUCUGCUUAUAUUGAAAUGGGUCGAACGAAAGUAAUAUGUUCAGUAUUUGAUCCACGAGAAAUUCCUAAUAAGAGUAAUUACACCCACCAAGGAGAAUUAUUUUGUGAAUUUAAAUUUGCAACUUUUUCCACGUCGAAAAGAAAGAUUCAUCAGCAAGAUUCUGAAGAAAAAGAAUAUAGUUGCGUUAUGCAGAGGGCAUUAGAACCUGCAGUGUGUCGUAGCGAAUUUCCUAAUUUUCAAGUGGAUAUUUAUGCCCUUGUUCUCGAAAAUGGUGGAUCAGCUUUAGCUGCUGCUAUCAUGGCUGCAAGUUUAGCUUUAUCUAAUGCUAAUGUUCCGAUGUUUGGUCUUGUAACAGCAGUUACAAUGGGAAUUCGUGACAAAAUUGUUUUCCUUGAUCCAACAUCAGAAGAAGAAACAAUGUUUUUAUCGAUAUCGAGAGACGAAAUAAAAGAAGAAAAAAAUCACGGUCUCAUAGUGCAAGCAUCGAUGACACAACAUUCACAAAUCACCGAAUUCUUCUUUACCGGAAGUUUAGACUUGGAAUCAAUGAAAUCUCAAACAGAAAAACUGAAUGAAGCGGAAGAACAAAUAUUUCCAAUAAUGCAACAAUCUUUGAUUAAAUCUGUGUCAAAAUCAUUAAAAAAGAACGAAGAAUCAAGUCAAGAAAUGGAAACUUAAAAUUGGUAUAAAAUUAGUUUAAUUGGUAAGAAUUAUUUUUAAUAAUAAAUUUACAUUGACGUAAAA